CAGAACUUGGCGGCAGCGGCGAUCAAAAAGUGACCGGCGGUGCACGUCUAGAGAGAACCAGGCAUUGCAGGCAAACUGCUGGUACCCCUUUACCGAAACUUUCAUCCCUUGAACUAAUGUUUGCGCUGCAUCCUGAGGCCUUUUUGUAAUAUAGAAGGCGCUGUUCAAUCACGGAGAACGAGUACAUAAUUAUUGCGACACCACAUUCAGGGAAAACUGUAAUCUACCUUGGAAGCUCCUCAAGCUUUGAGUUGUGUACGAUACUGUAGUUGUUGUUAUGGGUUUUACCUGCGCGUUAUCUCUUCUGCUUUACAGCACUACGCUUUGUGUACACCUGACGCAUGGAAGCAAGGUGCUUGAACUAAGUGAUAGGUUUUUAGAAGUGCGACACGAAGGAGUAUGGCUAGUAAAGUUCUAUGCACCAUGGUGCAGUCAUUGCAAAAUGCUGGAGCCUAUUUGGAGUCAAGUAGCACAAAGCUUAGUGGAUACUGACAUUAGAGUCGGACGUGUUGACUGCACAAGGUUUACAGCAGUGGCGUCAGAAUUUGGAGUUCGGGGAUUUCCAACCAUCCUUUUUAUUAAGGGCCACAAAACCGUGGAAUACAAGGGCGAUCGAAACAGGGAUGAAAUAGCUGAGUUUGGACGAAGAAUGGAUGGGCCACCUGUUCGCCACCUCACACACUGUGAGGAUCUCCAAAUAACUCGUGGGCGUCACAAGGUUUUCUUCUUGUAUGUUGAAGGCAAGAUCCAUGGGGAUGGAGAUGGUACACUCAAAGACAACUUUACUAGGAUGGCAGAAGAGUUCCAAUCUCAAAAUUAUUUUUUUACUAUACCACCUCACUGUCUCGCUGAGGUAGAUGGUAGAACAGUCCCAGAUUCUCCAGCUGUGCUGGUAUUCAAGGAUAAUAGCAGCUUUAUUUAUGACGAAAAAGCAGCAGAGAAACAGAAUAUUAAUUGCUACGACUGGAUGAACCGUGAACGGUUUCCCACAUUCCAAAAGAUUACAUAUGGAAAUUUUUACCAAAUGCUUAAAUGUGGCAAGAAAGUUGUGACUGCAGUUCUAGAAGAAAAUCAAGUCGGUGCAGUGUCAAUGAAGAUGGAAGAGUUCAAACAUAUGCUAGAAGCCAUUGCACUCAACACACGUGACUUAUAUCAUGAGCACUUCGUGUUUGGAUGGGUGGGCGCACCAGAGCUGGCCAACUCUGUUGCAAUGAUGAACCUACCCCUCCCAAGCCUUUUAGUCAUCAAACCUGACACAUACCAGUACUUUUUGCCAGAGGUUGAAGGCAGAGAGCAGCCACCAUCACCACAAGCUGUUUUAGAGCUUCUUAAUCAGAUAUUGGAUGGAAGUGCAGUUCCAUAUGGUGGUGACACUUUUCCUUACAGACUUUACCGGGCUUAUUUUGAAGCCAGGACGGCACUUUUGGGGAUGUGGAAAGGCAAUCCAGUGUUGACCGCCGUACUCUUUGGACUGCCCUUGGGUUUUCUUAGUAUUAUUUGCUACACUACAUGCUGCUGUGAUAUUUUAGAAGCAUCUGAUGAAGACGAAGAUAUAGAUGAGAGCCCACAUGUGAAGAAAGAAUAGAAAAACAGAGGAGAGGACAUGGAAACACUGGAGUUGUAAGUCAUAAAUAAUAAUAAUAACAGGGUUCAUUCAAGCACUGCCUACAAGAGGCCAGGCUUCUGUGCAAAGGAAAUGUUACCAACAUCCUAAAAGUUACACAGUAUUGCACUUUGCUAUGACGAUUUGUCAGGAAUCUUGUUACCCUCUAUUCGUCUUGGAGAAGGCUAAUUCAUGCUGGGUACUUGUUAAGACUGCACAUGACCUACUGUAUUAUAACGACCAUGUCAUAGGCACCUCUUCCAAGCGCCGCAUUUGGAAGCUAACGGUGGCGCUACUCGUCGGCUCAGUUAUUGCUUCCUCAAUUUCUACAAUACUUUGUACUUCAGCUUACCUAAGUAUUUUUGUACAAGCGGUGCACGUCUCACGGGAGAUGCUUCUUUUAAAAGUUGAUUAUCAUCAUCAUUCUACGCGUUUUCAUAAGAGCUGUUCCUGUCCGCUACGGUAGUGGUAUGUCCGCUUUUGCGCAUUCAAAUUUCAAACUUCCAUUGUCCAAUCAUGAUGGAGAUUUCGCGGACUGAUGAGUAGCGCCCCUAGUGCGGACAAGCUCCUCAUAGGGGUUGCCGCUUAUGACAUGGUCGUUAUAAUCUAGUAGAUCGUGAGACUGCAUCAUAUUUGAAGCCUGAGGCUGGGCAAGACAAACAACCACACACCCUUCAAGCAUGAUGGAGUUCGUCCACCAGCUAGCUUGCAUAUAUGCCAUCCUGUUUGUUAGGACUGGUUGCGUGCAUGAAUUACGACCACAAACUUUGUGUAAAGUUGGAAGAUGUUGAUCUUUUUAUUUUCUAGUGAAUCGCAGAUGUACACUCGCGCAUUUAACUGAAGAAAAAUGAAACUUGUGCUCUUCCUUUACUUAGAACCACCUUAAGCAUGCUGUUUGUGAACACUACAUUUUUAAAAGUGAAAUUUAGUUAAUUGAGGACCUCUAUGUAUCCGUUGUAUCACCUGGACAUUCCGCCACGUUUUUUAAACGAAGCUCUUAUUGAGUUAUAUUUCAUUAUUCUAAAAUGUAUUGCUGUCAAAGUUGUCAUAACAUCAUAUCUAAGGCCUGGGUUUGUAUUUGGCCAUCGUGGGUCACAACUGCAACGCACAGGCGUAAGGUUAAGAACAGUAUAAAUAUGGCAGUCGUUGCAAAAGCCAGACAGGGGCAGGAUUUGAUCCACGUACCUCUUGAUUGCCGGUCAAGUGCCCUACCAAUUAAGACUGCCAUUUCUGUCGUAUAGACUUCGUUGUGAUUAGAAAACAUCUGCAGAUAGAUCAGUUUUCUCGCAUGUCCUCUUAAGAUGUGACUGUGAAACCUACACCUAAACACGUACACCUAAUGUCACACCUACGUUGAAAUGUGAUCGCAGUGUUUGUUGUAAUACGAUGCAACAUCAACUCCAGUACCAGACUCAGAUUGCUUUCGAGGUUACCCUCCGGUCUAACUCACGUGCCAUCAGAAGUUUACUUAAUUUAUGCCAUUGCUGCCUAUGUGUCUCACAUUGUAUUCUUGCGAAUCAUUUGUUUAUGUAACUCAGAAGUAACAUAAAAUUAAUUCCUAAUUUUGAGAAGUACAAUGUGAAGAUGUGCGUGAUCUGCCUCCCCCAGCACAUUGUUCCUCGAAGGCCAUCUUACGGUAACUAAAAAUGCUUCUAGCCACCGUAGCCGCCUUCCGUCAUCUGGCCGUCUUUCUACUUAGACUGGAGAAACAUAGACUGAGAAAGUGCUUGCGUUGUUGCUACACGAUGAAUGCUGGCGCACAUGAUGACAUCACAUACUCUACGCGAAACUGAAAUUGUGAAGCUUUGCCAGUUCUUCCAAAAUUUGUGGAAAUACAUAAUGUUCACUGAUAACAUUUAUGCUCUGUGUGCUGAGUCCUUGAGUGACGUUGCUUUAUAAUAUGGAAUAAAAUAAAUGAAUUUUUGACUUCA